AACGUUUCAAAAUAAUGAGUUAUAUAAUACCAUACGGUAUAACUUUGACUAUAUAUGCUGGUGUGAGCAUUGUUAAAACAAAUUUUUAAGCACUUUUACUUUGAAAGAAAUUCAGGGACUGCUAGGAAUUACCGAAUUCUUUACACCAGACGAGCUGCGAUACACUUUUGGAGUAACGAAGCAUGAAAAAGGUAUGACGUAUUCAUCAAACACAUGCCUAGAUAUUGGCGGUCUCUUUCUAUACCUAACAAAAAUGGUGAAUGACUCCACCAUCUACAACGUAAAUCUUGUGCCAACUUUAAAUGAAUUGAUAGGGCAGGAUUACACGGUUAUCUACCGUGAUGAAAAGAAAGGAGGGCGCUUAAUAUUGAAUUCGAAGCCAGCCAAUUGCCAUUAUCGUUUCAUAAUAAACGAUAUACAUGGAGCCUUAAGCAAUUGUGAUGGCCGCGUAAAAGGAACAAUAAUUCAUCCCAGUGGUAUACACAUCAUUCAUCCCUUUCCGGACCGACACGCUCACAGAUCUAAAAGAGCGGCUGAAACUGAAAACGGAAUUCAUGUGCUUUUCAAGAGAGAAGCGUCUUUAUCAGUUGAUGAUUUCUGUGGCCUUGACAAUGUCGUCACCGAAGAUCAGCUUCUCGGUGACGACUCCGCCAUUUUCGAAGACGUUUUUGUCACUGGACAGCGAUUGCAACAAAUGAGCGAUCUAGUGGUUGAACUCGCUGUUUUCGUUGAUGAGACGCUGUGGCGACAUUUCAGCAGCAAAUAUGGAGGGCAGGCGCACACAAAACUUCAGGACUACAUGCUGACAUUGCUGAACAAUAUACAAAUCAUGUACUACCAACCGUCGGCAUCACCACCAUUAACGUUUCGUGUGAUACGUUAUGAAGUGCUCACGAGUCAGCCCAAUUCGAUUGCUGGAAGUGCUCACAAUCAUGGAAAUGCUCAAAUGUAUCUCGACCGAUUUUGUCGGUACCAGCGGAAUCUUGGUAUUCGAGAUUGGGAUCACGCCAUUAUGUUAACAGGAUAUGAUAUUCAUCGCGGAGCCGGUUCAAGAUCCAUUUCCGGAAUCGCCCGUCUAGACGGAAUGUGUGAUCCGUGGAACACUUGCACAUUAGCUGAAGGUCUUGAUUUCACCUCCGCCUUCAUCGGUACACACGAACUAGGUCAUAGUGUUGGAAUGCGACACGAUGAACCUUAUUGUCCGUCGAAGCAUAUAAUGAGCUCAUCUCUCGGUCCAGGCAAAGUCACAUGGUCCACAUGUUCUCUUAGAGACUACCAUCAGUUUCUUCAACGGCUUGACGCACGUGGCAGGAACUGUCUCCGAGUUUCCAAUAUGCCGACAAAAUUAACUAUACCGACGAAUACUAAGCCUGGACAGAUUUAUGAUGCCAAUCUUCAGUGUGAACUUAUGCAUGGCCCUGGCUACCAACAAGUUACUCCUCGACAGGACGCCUUUGAUGGUAUCUGCUACAUGAUGUGGUGUGGUCAGUCAACGUUCGGUCGAAUUAUUACUUCUCAUCCAGCCCUGGAAGGAACAUUUUGUGGUCCCAACAAAUGGUGCCAAUUAGGACGAUGUGUGCCAUGGGACGGAACGGCUAUUGGCAUGAAACAUUUUCCAUCUAUCCUCACUCCUACACCUCUUUUGAAAGUGGACGGCGGAUUCUCUGCUUGGUCGACGCCAAACUGCAAUCAGUGCAAGUGUAAUCCUAUAGUUGACGGGAUUGGACUUGCAGUUUCUCGGCGAACUUGUACAAAUCCAUACCCGGCCAAUGGUGGUGAAGACUGUUUUGGAUCGACUGUUCGUGCUAUUGUUUGCAACAAGUCUUGUCCUAAGCAGUUACAAACCGUUGAUGAGUAUAUCACUGAGAAAUGUUCUGAGCAUCAACGAGUGAAGAACGACAAGCAUCUAACUGGUAGCGGCAGUCAGUUGAAUCGUUUUCCGCAAAGGGCCUGCAAGGUGUUCUGCGACGUGGCGACUCGGCUUGGUGGACAAAGAAACUACCGAUUCUUCGGUGACAAUUUGCCAGAUGGAACACAUUGUGGUUACGAUCGCUACUGCUUAGAAGGAGAAUGUUUGCCGCUUUCCUGUUCCAAUAAUGCCUUGAUCAGCCGCGAUGUAACUUGCCCGACUGAAGUUUGCCCGCGCGAAAAUAUGGCGAUUUGGAAGGGAGAGUGGGGACAUUGGAGUCUUUGGACUGCGUGCACAGUGACGUGUGGCAGUGGGUAUAGAAAGCGGUCGCGCACUUGUUCUAUAAAGGGACGUUGCGAUGGCACAGAAACAGAAACUGAGCACUGCAUGACCGCUGUGUGCCCCGUGAUAAGUGCCGUCGGCUCAUCGCACUGGACCACCUGGACUGAGUGGAACCAUUGCUCUGUCUCUUGCGGACGAGGAUCUCAAGCCAGAUAUAGAAAAUGUGUCACCGCACAACUUUCACUGGCCUUCGACUGCCCUGAUACGAACAUUGAGGUUCGAGCUUGCAAUGCUGGUCCGUGCAGCGGAAUAGGUGUUUGGGCAUCGUGGUCCGAGUGGAGCACGUGUUCGACGUCUUGCGGACCAGGCACCAUGAUUCGUCAGCGUGGAUGUCACAGGGAGCCAUGUGAUGGAUUUGCUCAUGAAAGGCGGUCCUGUAACAUGGGCGUGUGCGAGUCACAACGCGGGCGAUGGACUCAGUGGAAUGAAUGGUCGGAUUGCAGCCGAUUAUGCGGCAAAGGAAUCCGGUCAAGAAGCAGAACUUGCAUUGGUUCUGGUUGCUACGGCUCAAAUAGCGAUCAAUCCUUCUGCAACGAACAUCAGUGCGAACCGCGAGCAAGAGAAUGGGCAACGUGGUCGACAUGGAGUCAGUGUUCUGCGACAUGUGGUGCUGGGGUAAAACGGCGUACUCGUUAUUGCCGGUCGGGUAGUUGUCCUGGCAACUACAAAGAAUCGGCUAUUUGCAAUGAUCGCGAGUGCGAGAGCCUUUAUAUUACAGGCUGGGGAUACUGGUCGACGUGCAGUGAAACUUGUGGUGAAGGAACGCGGAAGAGGGUCAGAAAGUGUUAUGGGAGUGGCCAGUGCGGCGGCAAUGAGUACGAAAAACAACCGUGCUUCACGCGGGCCUGCAAUCGUGUCUAG